UCUAUUUAUUGUUCGUUUUUCUUAUAUGUAGUUUAUUUAUGCGUGAAUCAAUGUUGAAUUUAAUUUAUUGUUUCCAAUACUUAUGUGGUAGCAAUUGAAUUACAACGGAAUCUAGUUGCUAUGCUUGAAUCGAAUUGUUCUCAAAUUUUGAUGUUUUUUUUUUUUCCAAUUUUUGCUUCAAUUUGGUGUGGCUCAACUGAUUUUUGUUGUUUAAUUCUAAUAAUUUCUUCUGGCAGGUUUCUUGUUUUCAUUUAAUUAAUUUGAUUUAUUUUUAAAAAGUAGUUUCUUUGAUGAUAUGCUGUGAUUGUUGUUGGUUAUCUACUUAUUUUGAUUAGCUUCAUGGUCUUUAAGGUCCCUGUUGUUCAGUUGUAGGAAGAUACUUGCAGCCGAUUGUUCUGCUCUUCUAUAUGUUUGAUGUUCAUUUAUAGGAUACUUAAUCUAAGCCCCUUGGCUACUAGGCUUAACCAAUCCAAGUGGGUGGGUCAUGGGCUUAAUCUGAUUAUAUGUAUUAACAUCUAGCAUGAAUCUCAAUAAAUCUGCAUGACCAAACAUUGCCUAUUGCAUUGACCUUGUGUCGAUUUGUCAUUCAUGUUUGGUGUUAACAUUGCCUAUAUACCCAAUAUCUUAGAAUCAACUUGUCUUUAAAGGCUUAAACAGUUAAACCACAUUGGUUAAAAAUGCUAAUAUGUGUUGCAUAAGCCUAACUUUGUAUCUGUUUUCAUUUAACACUAAUAGUCCAAAAAAACAAAAGUAAAUGAUGAUUUAAAUAAUGUCAUGUCCACUUAGAUAAGAAAAGCUAUUUAUCAAAAAACCCUAUAAAAUUAGAACAUAAGCUUAAUCUAAAACUACUACUAGAUAAUACUAGCUCUAAGCCUCUAACUACAAAUUUAUUGCAACAUGAACUGACAUAAGCUCACUAAUACCAAUUUUUGAAACAAAUAAGAAUAAUACAAAGCUAAUUAACAAAAUUGACCAUGAAACUACAAUGAAAAUUAAUGUUGGGGUGUGUAGGCUGGGAUAAGGUAAAUGUGCAGCUAGGGAAUGGGGCAGAAAGAGAGGGGAUUAGUGUGUGCGAGAAGGGGGCGGGGUGAGUUCAGUGUGUAGGGAAGGGGGCAGGCAGGUAAGGGAUGAUUUUAGUGUACAAGAAAGGCAGAGUUGUGUACGCAGGGGGAAGGAAGGUGUGCAACAAGGGGAGGGGGACGGGAAUAGAUGGGAUUAGUGUGUGCAGGCAGGCAGAGACGGGAUGAGUUUAGUGUACAAAUAGGGGAUGAGUUCAAUGUGCAAGCAAGGGAGAGUUGUGUAAGCAGGUGUAACAAGUUAAGGGAGGGGGCAGGUUUGUAGCCAGGGGGGAAGGUGUGCACUCAAGGAGGGGUCAACUGUUUGUAUAUGUGAUAAUGUGCUGAAUUGGAAGUUAGUUGUGAAAAUUCAGUUUAUGUAUAAAUGUCUAAUGGUAUUUUACAAAAGUAACAUGUUGAUUAUUACAAUCAAAGAAGUAAUGUUGAGUAUUUGCUUAAAGUUCAUGAAGAUGAAAAUUUUUCUAUCUUGUUCUUUCAAGUUAGGAGCAACUUAAUUCAUUCAUUCAUUUGUUUUUUUUUUUUUUUUUUUUUUUUUUUUUUUUUUUUUUUUAACUUUUUAUGUAUUCAUAGCCUUUCUUUACACAUGGAUACGUUGGAUGUUCAAGAGAGGUUAGAGUGGAUGAGGUGUGCUAAUAGGACAGACAACUUAUACAUAAAAGGGGUUAAUUCAUUUCUUGAGUUUGCUUUUCGUGACUUAGCAUCAAAUAGUGAUAUAGGAGAGGAUGAUAAGAAGGUACCUUGCCCUUGUAAUCAUUGCAAUAAUGUUCAACAUAAAACAAGGGACGAAAUAUACAGUGACUUGUUGGUGAAUGGAAUUGUGCAAGGGUAUGUUCGUUGGAUUUAUCAUGGAGAAUACAAGCCGCCACAAAAAAAAAAGUAGAAAUGAAUUGGAAGAAAGUGCUAAUGAUGAUAUAUUUAGGAUGAUCCAUGAUAGGUUUAGUCCUGGAGUCUCAAAUGAUGAGAUAGAUGACAUGUGGGAUGAAGAGCAACAGGGUUCUGAGUUUGAUUUUCCUAGAUUUACUAAGCAUACAAAUGAGGCAAACAUGUUUGAAAAUUUGAUUAGAGAUGCUCAACAAACUUUGUACCCUGGUUGUGACAAAUUCUCCAAAUUGUCAUUCAUUCUAAAGCUAUUCCAAAUCAAAUGUAUGGAUGGCAUGACUAACAAAGCUUUUACUAAUAUGCUUCAACUGUUCAAGAAUGCUUUGCCUGAAGGUGCUGAUUUGCCUUCAAAUUAUUAUGAAGCACGUAAGACGAUUACUGAUCCUGGUUUCGACUAUAAAAAAAUAGAAUCAUGUGAAAAUGAUUGUAUGUUAUUUUGGAAAGAAAAUGCUAACCUUGAAAAGUGUUCCAUAUGUGAUACUAAGCGCAAUAGAGCUUCUCCAAAAGUACUACGCUAUUUCCCACUAAUUCCAAGGUUGCAAAGGUUGUUUAUGUCAUCUAAAACAUCAAGUGAGAUGAGAUGGCAUUCUGAUAAACGCGAAGAUGAUGGAGUCCUUAAACACCCGGCAGAUUGUCAAGCUUGGAAGCAUUUUGAUAAAGAACAUCCUUCUUUUUCUGCAGAGAUACGUAAUGUAAGGCUGGGUUUAGCAAGUGAUGGAUUCAAUCCAUUUAGCGGGCUUAGAAGUGACUAUAGUAUAUGGCCAGUAGUGCUUGUUGUGUACAAUCUUCCUCCAUGGAUGUGUAUGAAACAACCUUACACAAUACUAUCUUUGUUAAUUCCAGGGAAAAUUGGACCUGGAAAUAACAUUGAUAUAUACUUGCAACCAUUAAUUGAGGACUUAAAAGAAUUGUGGGAAACUGGAGCCAAGACUUAUGAUGCUUCAAAGGAUGCGUACUUUCAAAUGCGUGCUGCAUUAUUAUGGACCAUAAAUGAUUUUCCAGCGUACGCUAACUUAUCUGGGUAGUCUACCAAAGUCUAUAAAGCAUGUCCAUAUUGUAUGAAGGAAACUAGCUCUACUCGACUACCAAAUCAGGGAAAAUGUUGUUACAUGGAUAAUCGCCGGUUUCUUCCUACCGAUCAUAAUGGAGAGAUAACAAAUCUUUUAAUGGAAAAGUAGAAGCAAGAGGUCCUCCUAAAUAUUUAUCUUCGAAUGAGAUUUUAGAGCAACUUAGAGAUCUUGAAGACAUGAAAUUAGGAAAAACAAUGAAAUUGCCAAAGAGAGAUGAUAAUUGGAAGAAGAAAAGUAUUUUUUUUGAAUUGCCUUAUUGGAGUACCCUUUUGCUUCGACACAAUCUUGAUGUCAUGCAUAUUGAAAAAAAUGUACUUGAUAAUAUUCUCGGUACUUUGCUAGAUAUUGAUGGGAAGUCAAAAGAUAAUUUAAAGGCUAGACAUGAUCUAAAGCAUUUGAAGGUUAUGAAGCAUCUUGCUCCAAUAUUAUAAAAUGGAAAGUGGCAUAUUCCUCCAGCACUUUACACCUUGUCUAAGGCACAAAAAGAAAAGGUGUGUAAGUUUUUAGAGACUUUGAAGGUUCCUGAUGGAUAUUCUUCUAACAUUUCAAAAUGCAUAAACCUUGACAAGCGUAAAAUAUAUGGUCUUAAAACUCAUGAUUGCCAUGUGCUUAUGGAACAAUUAUUGCCACUUGCAAUUCGUGGGGUAUCCUUACCCAAAGUGUACGAUGUGAUAGUGAAAUUGAGUACAUUUUUCAAGGACCUGUGCUCUAAAACAUUAAAAGUGAAAGAUUUAGAAAAUCUUGAAUGUGAAAUUGUGCUUACUUUUUGUGAAAUGGAGAAGAUUUUUCUUCCAUCAUUUUUCACUAUCAUGGUCCACUUGUGUGUCCACCUAGCUACUGAAGCAAAAAUUGGUGGACCGGUACAAUAUCAUUGGAUGUAUCCAAUAGAAAGGUAUUCCUUAGUAUAUGAAUAUUUUUUGUUUAGUUUCUUAAUUUAACUAUUUCAACAUGUUUUCAAAUUUUUUAUUAUUUUGUAGGCUCCUACGUAGAUUUAAAUGUUAUGUUCGAAAUAAGAGUAGGCCGGAGGGUUUCAUCACGGAAGGUUACAUCAUUGAGGAGUGCAUGUACUUUUGUUCAAAGUACUUGCAUGAAAUUGAGACCAAAUUUAAUCAACCCGAGAGGAAUGAUGAUGCGGGAAAUAAUGACUACGAAGGUAUAUCAAUCUUCGCAUCAUCGGGUAUUCCUUUGGGGAAGGCUAAAAGUAGGUCUCUCAAUGAGGAAGAGUUAGCUCAAGUACGAGAAUAUAUACUUAAGAAUUGUGAUGAAGCACAAGCUUAUUUAGACGAAUAUGAAGAGAGCACAUCUAACAAAAAUUUAGUGGAUUGGUUUCGUGAUCGGGUUAUGAAUCUGCCUAAUUAAGGCAAUGAUCAAGUCGUAAAAGAUUUGAAAACUUUGGCUUUAGGUCCUUUGCAAGGUGUUUUGUGUUUAAAUGGAAUUCUUGCAAAUGGGUUUAGAUUUCACACAAGGGAUAUUGAAAUGAAAAGGGUACACCAAAAUAGUGGAGUUAUGGUCAAGGGCAUUGUUGGGAAUUCAGAAAAAGAUUACUAUGGGAUCCUCACUGAGAUACUUGAGAUACAAUAUUUGGAUGGAAAACGUGUGGUGUUGUUUGUUGUGAUUGGUGGGAUGUUCAUAAAGUUGGAAGAGGUGUUAAGGUUGACAAGCAUGGCAAUGUGAGUGUCAAUAGUCAUUGUUCAUUGCGUACCAAAGAACCCUUUGUGCUCAUGUCUCAAGCUCAACAAGUAUUCUAUGUUAGUGAUGGACUUGAUCCUGAUUGGCUUGUUAUUGUGAAGACCCAUCCAAGGCAUCAUUAUAAUGUUCCAGAAAAGGAAGUGAUUGAAAGUGAUGAGGAUGCAUUACAACAACUACAACCAAUGAUCGCUGAAGGCCCUCAUGUCUUAAGCACAACUAAUUUAGAGGAGACUCAUGAUCCACCUGUUGAAAUAAGAGAUGAUGUUGGUGAAAUCGUCAUAGAUGCCACUGAGGAAAAUCAACCCAAAGAUUUCAGUUCUGAAGAAAAUGAACAGUUUGAUGAUGACGAUUUACUAGAAGAUGAUGAGGAUGAUAGUGAGAGUGACCAAGAGAGUGAUAAUGAUGAUGAUAUUGAUCUUGCUUGACUCAAAUUUUUUGUGUUUUUUUUUAAGUUAUGAAUUGCUUGUAUUCAUACUUAUAUCUUAGGCGUUUUGAACUAUUUCUUUAAUUACGUUUGCUUUUUUCUUACACUUUAUAUUUGUGCUUAAUGGUUUUUUGUAGAAUAUUUUUAUGUGAAAUGCCUUUAUUAUUGUGAAUAAUUAUUGAUAAUAGGCCUUAUUAGACUAACAAAGUAUCUGACAUGACAUGUAUAGUAGCUAGGAGGUUCACCCAUGCAUUAGGUUUUAUAAGGCAAUUAAUGUGCAAUAUAAUUCUGCAACUCGUGUUUGUUUUGUAACUGUAAAUUUUAUGAUCAAU